AUGGAUAUAUCGGUACCGCCGCCGGACUCGCACUGGUCGUUGAGGUUUGUGGACAUCGAGAAGCCUUUUCCAAAAAAGACUUUGGCCAAUGCCACCUACAAGAUCAUUCGCUUCUUUUACCCACCCUUUGCCCUGGAAGCCGUCGAUGUCACCCACGUGGUCAGCGAUCCCGAGCUGAAUAGUUUAAACGUGGUGCUGUGUGUGGUCGUUCCCUUGAUGCUGGCAUGCAUCGGCUAUGCGGUGUACAACUAUGUGCGGAAUGAGCAUACAGUGGCUAAACGGCCACCAUUAAAAUUGUACGAGCUUGAGCAGCGCAUGAAGGAGAAGUACGGUCCGGAAUACAAGCAGGGCAUCUGGAAGCGAAAGGACAUCGCUGACCCCCUCUUAUUAACCAAUAAUCCAUCCGAAUCAAAAGCAAAGUUCCGUGAAAGCAGCAAUGACCACUGGCUGCCCAAACCCAUAGAUGACUUUAACAAAACUAUUAGAUCCGACGAUGAAAUCAGCACUCAGUUGAAUCGCCACUCGGAUCUGGCUGGAAAUUUUUGGAAAGGAGAAGUAGUAGAAAGUAGCUUUUCCACUCAGUUUAAUCGCCACUCGGAUCUGGCUGGGAAUUUUAGAAACCAACCAGGCUUUGUACCCUUCUAAGCAACAAAAUCGAUAUGAUCCUUCAAUUCAGUUUAAUGAUUGAGACUUUUUUGCGACUGGAAAAGUGUCAGCUUUGGGCUUUCUGGCUGGGCGCAAUAAAAUGAAGUGAUUGUU